UGAAACUUGUAUUAUCAUUACUAUUGGAAUUGGUGCUAGUAUUGGUGCUAGUAUUGAUAAUAUUAGUAUUGGUGAUAUUGGUAUUGGUGCUAAUAUUGGUGCUAAUAUUAAUAAUAUUAGUAUUAGUAAUAUUAGUAUUGGCAGUAUUGGCAAUAUUGAUAUUAGUGAUAUUGGUGUUGAGUUUUGUUUUUACUUGUUUUUAUCACAAAA